GGUGUCCGUUAGAGGGAGCACGGUCCCGCACCCUCAGUCCGGAACUGAGUCAACGCAUUUUUCAGACUGAAGGAGGGUAGGGCGCAGGCAGGGCGGCGGGCCCCCGCAACCAGACACCGAGACACCGAUACACCGAUACAAGGCUGCUUACUCCCCCCUCCUCCCCUCAGCUGGACCGUCUAUUGAUGCCUUCAGAUGAGAUUUAAGACUUCGCGGUGCAUUUAGCUGCUUUGUUGCAAAAAUAAUAAUAAUAAUAAUAUCUAAAACAACAACCAGACAAGAUGACAGAUCCUGUGGUGGCCGACACUCGCCGGUUGAAUUCCAAACCCCAGGACCUGACGGAUGCCUAUGGCCCCCCCAGCAACUUUCUGGAAAUAGAUGUUUAUGACCCACAAAUCGUCGGAGUUGGACGGAACCGUUACACAACUUACGAAGUUCGCAUGCGGACAAACCUUCCCAUUUUCAAGUUGAAGGAUUCCUGUGUGCGGAGACGAUACAGCGACUUCGAGUGGUUAAAGAACGAGCUGGAAAGAGACAGUAAGAUUGUCGUACCUCCUCUGCCGGGCAAAGCCCUGAAGAGACAGCUGCCGUUUCGUGGAGACGAGGGUCUGUUUGAGGAGUCCUUCAUCGAGGAGCGGCGAUCGGGUCUGGAGCAGUUCAUCAACAGAAUUGCAGGUCACCCCUUGGCCCAGAACGAGCGCUGUCUUCACAUGUUCCUGCAAGAGGAAAGCAUCGACCGCAACUACAUUCCUGGAAAAGUAUGAAUGAAUAUUGACUGCUGCACCCGACCACCACGUACAUUUAUUUCUACGUCACGUCGUCAUAAAGCUGACGGGGGGGAAAUCCCAGCUCCCGCUCCAGGACAGAAACUAAACCCAUCUGAUGUGUAACUGGUCUCAUGCGGUCGCUCUGUUAUCGUUUCAUUUAGGAAUCAGUGACAUCGUGUCCGUUUCUUUUUCUUUAACCAUUCCAUCAUUGAUUAUUUUUAUUUUUAUUUUUUUUACAAUGAUUACUUUGUCUCUGAAUGUCUUUUAAAUAAUUUGAUUAGUUACAAGAAAAAGUAAAUUCCUGCUUUGAUUUGUUUCUGCUAAGCAACGUUUUGAUGAUGACCUGAAGUCGAGCGACAUGUAGCAGCAUUAAAACACGACGCGUCUGUUUCCGUGUGAACGGACGCAGACGUGUCCUCUGUUUUUUCUCCCUCCCUGAAUGUUCGCUCUUAAAACUGUGUCUCGGCUCCAUCGUCGUUUCUUUUUCCGGCUCUUUUUUGGGAACGUGAGGCAGACGUGACGUUAACCAUAUCUAAGCACUGUGACGACGAAGAGCUUCAUCGUGUUGUUUCAUAACCGGCGUCUGGUUUUGUUCUGGGCCUGUAACGCGAGGCCGUCUCCAUCCUUUCUGUCUGUCGGCCCCUUUUAUCGUGACCUGUAUUAAUUCAUGUCGUCCUCACGGUCGCGCUCUGGGCGACCUGGGACGUCCUUGUUGAUUCUGUCCACCAUUAAAUUUCCUGCUGCCUGCC